AUAUUUAMAAAGRCGUGCAGCUAAUUUGACAAAAGCGCUAGAUUUGUUAUCUGUCUUCAAUAUAUAGAGACAUCAAAGAGUCAUAAUUCAGCUGCUGGGAUCCCGACAAGAAACUCGCCUGCAGGAGCGUUUUCUGUCCAAACCACCGCAUAGAUCCCGUCAGAUCGUUUCCACGUUCGCUGACAGACAGAGCAGCAUGUCAGAGGAGAGGAAACCAGAGAGCRUGUCUCUGAGUCCUGUGAGCAUCGCAGCGAACCCUGAGCUGCUGUGUAUCUUCGGUACGGGGGACUUGGGGCGCUCCCUGGGUCAGCGCUUGCUCCAGUCUGGCUACAGGUUGGUGUACGGCAGCAGGAGACCYCACAGCUGUGGCCCCCUGCCUCCAGGAGCUCAGGUUCUGAGCCACGAGGCAGCAGCCCAGUCAGCCAGCCUGAUCUUUCUUUGCGUUCACAGAGAACACUAUGACUUCCUGGAGUCUCUUGCUCCUCAGCUCAAGGACAAGGUGGUGGUUGACAUGAGCAACAAUCUCAAGAAGAACCUGUACCCAGAGGCCAAUGCUGAGUAUCUGCAGAGGCUGAUCCCUGGAGCUCACGUGGUGAAAGCUUUUAACACCUUGUCUGCCUGGGCUCUUCAGAACGGACCAGCAGACGCCAGCAGACAGGUGUACCUGUGUGGGAACAACAUGGCAGCUAAGCAGGCUGUAACAGACAUUUCCACCAAACUGGGCUUCACUGUCCUGGACAGAGGGUCUCUGUCUGUAGCCAGAGAGCUGGAGGACUUCCCCCUGCAGCUGUUCCCAGAAUGGAGGCUGCCCAUACGCCUGACUAUUGGCCUCACUGCCUCCUUCUUCCUCUAUCUGCUUGUCAGAGACGUCGUCUWUGCAUAUGUUGAGCAGGGGAAAGACGUCUCCUUCAGAAUCAUGGUGUCCCUGGCCAACAAGGUGUUUCCCAUUGUGUCGCUCAUUUUGCUGUCUCUUUGUUAUCUGCCUGGAGUCAUAGCUGCUUUCCUGCAGCUCUACAGAGGAACCAAAUACAAGCGUUUCCCUGACUGGUUGGACCGAUGGAUGCUGUGCAGGAAACAGAUGGGUCUGUUAGCGCUGGCCUUUGCUUUCCUACAUGUGUUGUACACAUUAAUCAUCCCUAUAAGAUACUACGUGAGAUACAGACUUUCAGCAAUUACUAUUUCAGAGAUCAGAGAGAACAAAACGACUGAAUUUGACACAACCAUGGCUUGGCGAACCGACUCUUACUACUCCAUGGGGGUCCUAGGAUUUGGCCUGUUUCUCCUGUUGGGAAUAACUUCUCUGCCCUCCGUCAGCAACGCCCUGAGCUGGAGAGAGUUUAGCUUCGUUCAGUCCAAGUUGGGAUAUGUGACAUUAUUCAUCUGCACCUUUCACACCUACUUGUACGGCUGGGACAAAUUCCUUCGCCCUUACAAAUGGUACACUCCCCCCGGCUACAUGCUCUGCCUGGUUGUGCCUUCAGCUGUGCUGCUUCUCAAGCUGCUGCUUCUCCUGCCCUGCGUGGAUAAAACCCUGACUCGCAUCCGACAGGGCUGGGAGAGAACUGAUCCCGAGGAUGUCGUCAGGAAGUCUCUGCUAACGUAGGACCAGGACUUUUAGGGUGUGCACAGAUGGUACAAAGACACGGUGGCUUAACUUCUCAAAGCACUUUAAAUGUCAGCCAUAAACACACACGCCAUCUUUAACAGCUUCACAAUAUGUAUGUUUUGUACCUUCAGUAUUUUAUGAUGUUKGAAAUUUAUUACCAAAGUAUAUUUCAAUACAUUCAGCAUGACAGGGUUCAACACGAAUGCCUAAAAACUGUUCAAACUUAUUUCUAGUAAAAUUAUUUUGACCAUUUUUUAUCUUUUUUUUCUCAGUUGUCAGUUGAUGGAAUAAUGUUUGUUUGUGUCACAAUGUUGUUUAUUUGACUUAUUUACCUUAUCUUUUUAUAUAGUUCAAUCUUUAUGUUCCACAUGCUCCUAUAAAUGUUUCUAAAAAUAAAAUUGUAAAAAAAAGCACCUUUCAAAAUAAAAUUUUGUAAC